AAACUGUAACUGUUGCUUAACGCCACGGCUCGAGUUCUCAAACUUACGUUACCUCCAUCAAGUAUUUAAUCCCUGCUUUCUCUCACUAGGAUUUUUCUCUCUCUGCCUAACCCCCACCGCCUCCGCCGCUGACUAACCCCAAAUUAUAACCUUACUUUCUCUCUCUAGGGGAACUCAAAUUGGGCGGUAGAGAGAGAGAGAGAGAGAGAGGGAGUGAAAAAUGGGCGCCGACGAUUGUGCUUCGAGUUCUAGCCUCUCGUCUUCGUCCGCCGCCACCGUCAAUCAGACGCUCGUGCUUCUGCAAUCGGACGAUCCCAAUUCGAGAGUGCUGGCGGCGAAGGAUAUCCGCCGCCUGACCAAAACUUCGCAGCGCUCCAGGCGCCAUUUCUCCGGCGCCGUCGGUCCCCUCGUGGACAUGCUCCGAUGCAGCUCCGCCGAGGCCAACGAGGCCGCGCUCGCCGCUCUCCUUAACCUCGCCGUCAAAGACGAAAAAAACAAGAUGGAUAUUAUCGAAGCUGGUGCCUUGAAACCGAUAAUCAGCUUCCUUCAGUCAGAAAACGUAAUCCUACAAGAGCACGCAGCUGCAGCUUUGAUAACGUUAUCCGCAUCACCGCUCAACAAGCCAAUAAUCGGUGCUUCCGGUGCAAUCCCUCUACUCGUAAAUAUCCUAAAAUUCGGGGGCCAACAAGCGAAAACCGAUUCCGUAAUGGCCCUUUACAACUUAUCAAUCCAUCCGGAUAAUAUUAUCCUAAUCCUCCAAACAAACCCUAUACCUCCAUUAAUCACUCAGCUCAAAACCUGUAAAAAGUCUUCGAAAAUCGCGGAAAAAUGCACCGCGUUGAUCGAGUCAUUGGUGGAUUUCGACGAGGGUAGAAAUGUAAUUUUAUCCGAAGAGGGGGCAAUACUUGCGGUGGUGGAAGUGGUGGAGGGUGGGUCGGUUCAGAGCAGGGAAUAUGCCGUCGGGAUACUUUUGACAAUGUGCGAGAGAGAGAGGGAGAAGUAUCGAGAGGCGAUUCUCGGAGAAGGUGUUAUUCCCGGUCUUCUAGAGCUGACCGUACAUGGAACGGUCAAGUCUCGUACGAAAGCGCAGAAGCUGUUGCGUUUGUUGAGAGAGAAACCUUAUCCGAGGGCUGAGAUUGAAGGGGAGACUUUGGAGAAUAUUGUGUGUAAUAUUAUGUGCUGUAUUGACGGUGAGGAUCAAACGGCGAAGGCGAGGAAUAUGCUUUCGGAGAUGGUGCAAGUUAGCAUGGAGCAGAGUUUGAGGCACUUGCAGCAGAGGGCUUUAAAUAGUUGCUCUUCUGAAGUUGCAUUGAAGUGAAAACUCUCUCUCUCCAUAUUUAUUAUUAUUAUUUUUUAUUUUUAAUAAAUUCUGUGUUUUUGUUAAAAUGGGAGGAAAGAAGAAGACUGAAGAAUGCUAGUCCAGGCCUUUGGUACGUGUGACUGGUACGUGUGAAUAAAAUGAUUCCAUGUUAUGUAAAGAUAAAAUAAAUAAUUGAAUGUAAAUAUCAAUGGUUUGAUGCUA